UCCCGGACAGUCGGGCUUGCUUGACAAUCCGUGCCUUCACCAUCCGCCGCGUUCAUUGCUGGCUUCAACUGUCUAGCUAUUGCUGCUGUUAUUAUCAAAACUCCGUAUGUGUGCCUAGUUUUAUAGGUGCCCCAGUGGCUACGCCUGCCAACUCGACUCCUGUUGCGACCCAUGACUUCCAAAUCAACGAAUAUGUCGACGCUUUUGGAUUUCUCAUUUUCUCCUCCUAAUCGCCUGAUUACAUACCUCCACACGCUAUCCAGGGCCAAAAGUGGUCUGCCCCAUCAACAACUCGUUUGUGUAUGCGCCUCUCAUACCAUCACCAGCACAAAUGCUCUCCUCGAACUGGCAGCUUCCAUUGGCCCUCAAAUAGCGAUUCUGCAGAUUCACGCCGAUAUUAUCGAUGACUGCUCGGAAGAGACUGUUCGUCAGCUGACGUUGCUGGCUAAGAGAUAUGGCUUUUUGAUCUGGGAGGGUGGGCAGAUCUUAAACGCCAGGGUUGAUGCCGUCGGGGAACCAUCCAAAGAGGCGGAAAAAGCGGCCAUAGAUCUGAUUCGGAAGAAGUACACCAGAGGGGUCCUUAAGAUAGCAUCGUGGGCGGGAAUUGUAACCGCCUGGGCGCCUGGCGCAGAUGUUAACAAUCAGGAGGCUGAUAUCUUGAUUCCAACUUUGAGAGCUGCCGCUAGGGAGGCCGUGGCUGAUGCUGUACAAACGGUAACGACCGAGAUAACAGCUGGAUCUGCUGCAGAUAAUGCACCAUGUUCGCAUAAUCCCGUCAGCAGUGAUACUGUUCAAGACACCAGUUCCGAGUAUUCGGCGGACAAUAGCAAUGUUGGGUUGCCUUCACGCAAAGCUUCUACUAUCUCCCUUACGCACACAUUCACACAACGCACAGAACACUCAGCAGAACAUCCUCUGAAACCAGAGAUUCAAGAGCAGUCAUUCAACCCCAAGGAUGGAAAUCAGCCAUUCAGUGGAUCAUCCAUGGAUUAUUUUCCUCCACCACCGCUUCUCACCCGCGGUCUUGUGCUCUGCCUUCCUUCUGUUAACGAUUCCUCCUUUACCCCCGAAUACAGACAAAGUUGCAUAGCUGCUGCUCAAGCCAACCGGGACUUUGUAGCAGGAUUUCUUUGCAGUGAGCCGUGGGAUACUAUCUCACGAAGAAGCGAUAUUCUGGAGAUCGAGCAGUUAAAAUUCGACGGACGAGGUGAACGUGAUAUGAGCUCUUCUGAUGAUUACUGUUUUGCCAUUUUCUCGCCCCUUUCGAACAGGGUUACUGAGUUCCAACCGGUGAAUAGUCAGCCUACUGCCGAUUCUGAUAUUGUAAAGUAUCCCAAUGGGGAAGUCAGCCCAACCACUCCUGCCAACGGAAACAAACAAGCAGAAGCCUUUAAUCCAAUAGCAACUAGGUUGCAGUCCAUUGUCGAACGGGCGAUUCAACUUAAAAGGUCUCUGGACGGAGCUGAUUCGGAGAAUACGUUUACUUCUGGUCUGAGACUCAUGCAUAUACCUAUCAUAACAUUGCCGUGAAUGCUUUGUUUCUAUUUCUAUUUUCUCUUUACUGGACAUUACCUUGUAUGGUCAGCAGAAAUGGUGUCAGCAUUCCAGCUUGUCAGUGAUGCCAAAAUUCCUUUCUGUUAUACAUAUUAUGAUGAUGUAUGCUGUUUGAAUUUCUGUAAAAAGUGCACAUAUUCUUUCUUUGCUACAUCUUGUUGUGCGCUCUUACCAUUUACCAACCAUAAUUACAAGGGGAUGUGUAUGUCUGUUUUCUCCACCAUCCCUUAAUAUACAGUGUCUUACUGUGAUAACUCAUGCUUCUACACACUUUCCUACUGUCUCCAAAGAAGAAGGUGCAUGUACCUGUGUUCCUGUUCCUCAAUUAUCAAAAGUCCCUGUUGUUUAAUUCAGCAAGUUAUCGAUGCCUAGGUCACGUGCAGAGUCAAAACACAUAAAAUAUUACAUAUAUGAAAAAGUCUAGAAUGAGAUAUCCA